CAAUCCAUGACGUGCCCACUUACGGGUCCUUCCACAUCUGAAGUCUGUCAAGUCCUAACCUCAUUUGUUACAAGUAUAUUAUGCGUGUGAUAAAAAGUACAAUUUGAUGGAACUUUUACAAUUAAUUUUGUAGGAAUAUAUCUAGUUCCCAGAAGUAGUAAAUAUGACGACAUACGAAGAAUUCAUUCAACAAAAUGAAGAACGGGAUGGAGUACGUUUUACCUGGAACGUCUGGCCAUCCAGUCGCCUUGAAGCUACGAGAUUGGUGGUACCCAUUGGCUGUUUAUAUCAACCAAUCAAGGAGAGGCCAGAUUUGCCACCGAUCCAGUACGAUCCGGUCCUGUGUACCAGGAACACAUGCAGAGCCAUCCUGAACCUCAUGUGUCAAGUGGAUUACAGAGCGAAACUUUGGGUUUGCAACUUUUGUUUCCAGAGGAACCCGUUUCCACCCCAGUAUGCAGCUAUCACAGAACAGCACCAACCAGCCGAAUUGAUCCCGUCAUUCUCUACUAUCGAGUACACGAUCAUGCGGGCACAGUCAAUGCCGCCCAUAUUCCUGUUGGUGGUGGACACAUGCCUGGACGACGAGGAGCUGGGGGCGCUGAAGGACUCACUACAGAUGUCGCUGUCGUUGUUACCUCAGACUGCGUUGGUUGGCCUCAUCACUUUUGGCAAGAUGGUGCAGGUUCAUGAGCUUGGUUGCGAGGGCUGCAGCAAGAGCUACGUGUUCCGUGGUACCAAGGAUCUCACUGCUAGACAGGUACAGGACAUGUUGGGGAUCGGCAAAGUGGCAGUUCCACAGACACAGCAGCGAGGGCCUGGUGGUGCACAGCAACCUACACCCCCCGCCAACAGGUUCCUCCAACCAGUGCAAAUGUGUGAUAUGAGCCUGACAGACUUGCUUGGGGAGCUGCAGAGGGAUCCUUGGCCUGUACCUCAGGGCAAACGUUCCCUGCGGUCCACGGGGGUCGCUCUGUCUAUAGCAGUUGGACUUCUAGAGUGCACGUACCCGAACACCGGAGGCCGGAUCAUGCUGUUUGUGGGUGGUCCAUGCUCUCAGGGACCGGGUCAAGUAGUCAACGAUGACCUGAGGGAGCCAAUCCGCUCACAUCACGACAUACACAAGGACAAUGCCAAGUACAUGAAGAAAGCCACCAAACAUUACGAUGGCCUGGCAGUCCGAGCUGCGACCAACGGUCAUGCAAUUGACAUCUACUCGUGUGCACUCGACCAGACUGGCCUUCUUGAGAUGAAACAGUGCUGCAACUCAACUGGAGGUCAUAUGGUGAUGGGAGACUCGUUCAACUCUUCACUUUUCAAGCAAACAUUCCAGAGGGUACUUGCAAGAGACCAGAAACAAGACUUGAAGAUGGCAUUCAACGGCAUUCUUGAAGUCAAAACUUCUCGGGAACUCAAAGUAAUGGGAGCCAUUGGCCCGUGUGUAUCGCUUAAUGUGAAAGGCCCUUGCGUGUCCGAUAAUGACAUCGGCCUUGGAGGCACUUCUCAGUGGAAACUGUGUUCGUUCACCCCUCAGACCACCAUGGCACUGUUCUUUGAAGUCGUCAACCAGCAUGCAGCUCCCAUACCUCAAGGUGGACGAGGGUGCAUCCAGUUCAUCACCCAGUAUCAGCAUGCCAGUGGGCAGCGGCGUAUUCGAGUCACCACUGUUGCGAGGAACUGGGCAGAUGCCACAACCAGCCUGCACCAUAUUAGUGCUGGGUUCGAUCAAGAGGCCGGUGCAGUGUUGAUGGCUAGGAUGGUGGUCAACCGUGGGGAAACAGAUGAUGGGCCAGACGUCAUGCGCUGGGCAGAUCGUACUCUCAUCCGCCUGUGUCAAAAGUUUGGGGAAUAUUCAAAGGAUGAUCCUAAUAGUUUCCGGCUGCCAGAGAACUUCAGCUUGUAUCCCCAGUUUAUGUACCACCUGAGACGCUCUCAGUUCCUGCAGGUCUUCAACAACAGCCCCGACGAGACGUCAUACUACAGGCACAUCUUGAUGAGGGAAGACCUGACACAAAGUCUGAUCAUGAUUCAGCCCAUCCUGUACAGCUACAGCUUUAACGGACCACCAGAGCCUGUACUAUUGGAUACCUCCAGUAUCCAGCCUGACCGCAUACUUCUCAUGGACACGUUCUUCCAGAUACUUAUCUUCCAUGGAGAGACUAUCGCUCAGUGGCGUGCUCUGCGCUACCAGGACAUGCCUGAGUAUGAGAACUUCAAACAGCUGCUCCAAGCUCCGGUGGACGAUGCACAAGAGAUUCUGCACACACGCUUCCCUAUGCCUCGCUACAUAGACACAGAACAGGGUGGUUCCCAGGCACGAUUUUUGCUGUCUAAAGUGAACCCUUCUCAAACUCACAACAACAUGUACAGUUAUGGAGCGAUGAUGCCGUCCUUGAAUUCGGAGAGUGGAGCUCCGGUACUAACGGACGAUGUCAGCCUCCAAGUCUUCAUGGAACAUCUCAAGAAGCUUGCGGUGUCCUCUACUGCUUAACCCUCCACUUUGUACCUUCCGUGUUAUUUAACUAUAUUAUGUUCUACAGAGAGGUGUUUUUCUCACAGUUUAUGAAUAUACAAAACAAAAUAUGUUUAGUAUAUCACAGUAAAAUAAACCUGUUAUUAUUUAUAACAA